CACUUUUAACCUCUUGACGCGUAUUUUUUUUGACUCUCUCUUUUUGCUUCAUGUCAGAAACCCAAUGAAUUCACUUUCCCCAUAUCCAAACGGAGCGGCCAUGCAGCAGGGCAACCCCAUUCCUGCUGGAUUUACAAAGGAAAAACUCAAUGGCUUGGUACAGCGAGCAAAGAUGCUGCAAGCCCAAGGUGCCAAAGAGGAUAAUAAUCCAGAAUAUGCUCAGAUCAUGCUGUUCUUGAAGAAUUUGCAAAUGCAAUCCAGAAUGCACCAACAGAGACAGUCAAUGCCAGUCGCCCCUCAAGAACAACAACCAUCCCCACAAUCAUCCAUGCCAACAGGUACACAUACAUUACACGCAUGCCUUAUCUGACGACCACCCACCGCUUACACCCCACCCACUAAUAAUCCAGCUGCCAGAUCUUCUAUAUUCACUGAGACUCAGUUGGCUGCUUUGAAGUAUCAGAUUCUUGCCUUCAAGUUGAUAUCAAAAAACCUACCGUUGCCUCCAAAUUUGCAACAGGCUGUGUUAGCUACACCCAGUACCGAAAAUUUGACCGCGUCAAGAGACGGGCCCAAAGGACAAGAUGCUAGUCAACCGCAAACGCCUGCUA